AUGAUCAGUCACAAGUCCACCGUUCGUUUCCUAAUUUUCCUCCUCGUUUCCGCCCUCGCUGCCGGCAUACCACCCGCCUCCGCCACCCGCCGCCGCCGCGCCUCUUCUUCACAUGACUAUGGCGACGCAUUGACCAAAUGCAUUAUGUUCUUCGAAGGCCAGCGCUCCGGCAGGCUGCCGCCCAACCAGAGGCUCACUUGGCGGCGCGACUCUGCUCUCAGAGACGGCUCCGACAUCGGCAUGGAUUUGGUGGGAGGAUACUACGACGCAGGGGACAACGUGAAGUUCCACCUGCCAAUGGCGUGGACGACGACGAUGAUCGGAUGGAGCGUGCUGGAAUUCGGCAACAGGAUGGGCCGGUCGGACCUGAGACACUCCCUCGACGCCCUCCGGUGGGGCACCGACUACUUCCUGAAGGCCACCAGAGUCCCCGGCCGGGUCGUCGCUCAGGUCGCCGACCCAGUCCUGGACCACGAUUGCUGGGAGAGGCCCGAGGAUAUGGACACCCCGAGGAACAGCUACGUGCUCAAUGCGUCGCACCCUGGCUCGGAGGUGGCAGGGGAAAUCGCGGCGGCGCUGACGGUGUUCGAAUUCGGCGACAAGCAUCGUGGGUCGUAUGCUCAGAGCGUUGGAGCUGGCGCUUGCCCCUUCUAUUGCAGCCCAAAUGGGUACAUGGAUGAAUUGGCGUGGGCAGCGGCAUGGUUGUUUAUGGCAACAGGGGAUAGGAAAUAUGCCUACUAUGUUAAAUCGAAUUUGGGGACUGGCAUGACCGCGUUCAAUUGGGAUUCAAAAUUUGCUGGAGUUUAUGUUCUUUUAGCCUCGCUGGACUAUGCUUAUGCAGCUAACGCCGACAACCUCGUCUGCGCAAUCAUGCCCGAAUCGCCAUCCAAAACCUACACCUACACUCCGGGCGGGCUCCUGUACUCAAAGGGAGCGUCCAGCAACAUGCAGAACCCGACAGCACUCUGCUUCCUCCUGGCGGCGUACACUCGCGUCCUGCGAGCGAGAAACAGAGUCGUCCGAUGUGGGAACGUGAACAUCGACCCGUCCAGGCUGGACCGAUUCGUGAAAUCGCAGACGGAUUACAUCCUGGGGAGCAACCCACUGGGGAUGUCGUACAUGGUAGGGUACGGGCCGAGGUACCCGCGGAGGAUUCACCACAGAGGGUCCGUCCUGCCCAACAUUAGGCAGCAUCCGAAGAAGAUCGGGUGCUCGGAAGGGUACUGGUACUUCAAGAACCUGAGAUCGAACCCGAAUGUGCUGACCGGAGCGGUGGUCGGAGGACCUGAUAUGAAUGAUGGGUUUCAGGAUAGUCAGCUCGUUGUUUCUCAGUCUGAACCGACUACUUACAUCAAUGCCCCGUUCGUUGGAGUCUUGGCGUUUGUGAAGGGAGGGUUUAAGGUGUGA